CCAACCCCAAGCUUGUAUAGCCUUUUCUCCUCUCUCUCGCGCACGCGCCUUUUUGCGCCUAAUUUACCGUUUUACCCCUCGCCGGCGGCCGCCGCACUCCGGCGAGAGAAUCGGCAGCAGGUGGGCGGGGGACUCCACGAUGGCGGCCAUAUCUUCGCUUCCCUUCGCGGCACUGCGCCGGGCCGCCGACUGCAGGCCGUCGACGGCGGCGGCGGCGGCGGGGGCGGGGGCGGGGGCCGUCGUGCUCAGCGUGAGGCCCCGGCGGGGGUCGCGCUCGGUGGUGCGCUGCGUCGCCACGGCGGGCGAUGUUCCACCCACUGUCGCAGAAACAAAGAUGAAUUUUCUCAAGUCAUACAAGCGUCCUAUCCUAAGCAUUUACAGUACAGUUCUACAAGAACUUUUGGUACAGCAACAUCUGAUGAGAUACAAAACAACAUAUCAAUAUGAUGCGGUGUUUGCUCUUGGUUUUGUGACCGUCUAUGACCAACUCAUGGAAGGGUACCCUAGCAAUGAGGAUAGGGAUGCAAUCUUCAAAGCAUAUAUAACAGCGUUAAACGAAGACCCUGAGCAAUACAGAGCUGACGCACAAAAGAUGGAAGAGUGGGCUCGUUCCCAGAAUGGUAAUUCUUUAGUUGAGUUUUCAUCCAAAGAUGGAGAAAUAGAGGCCAUUCUGAAAGAUAUUUCAGAAAGGGCCCAGGGUAAGGGAAGCUUCAGCUACAGCCGGUUCUUUGCAGUUGGCUUGUUCCGUUUGCUUGAGCUUGCAAAUGCAACAGAGCCAACCAUACUAGACAAGCUUUGCGCUGCUCUAAACAUCAACAAAAGAAGUGUCGACAGGGAUCUCGAUGUUUACCGGAACAUACUCUCCAAAUUGGUCCAGGCUAAGGAACUUCUCAAGGAAUACGUGGAAAGGGAAAAGAAGAAGAGAGAGGAAAGAUCAGAGACCCCAAAAUCGAAUGAAGCUGUUACGAAAUUUGACGGGAGUCUCAAUUCCAUGAGGCAUUAACUCAAGCCUUCAUAAGGGGAGUGAGUGCUACCGUGGAUAACAGAUUUUAACAGAGUUCUGGAUCACGUUGAGAAACUAUCAAGGUCACCUUUCACUGCACGGACACUUUGGCUGCUCUCGUGUGGUUUUGUAUUCUGCCGUAUAAAAGGAUCCAGAUUGUUCUUACUACUGAGCAUUAUAUUUUUUUUGUAAUUCUCCUUUUCAGUGUUCAAAUGUAUCGUUUUCCUUUUCUUUGACAAUAUAUGAAGAGGUAUGUGGGGAUCAAUGUUACUCACAAGAUGAAAAAUAUAUUGUUCAGUUAUCUCUUCAUGAUGAAAAUGAAAUCGGUCACAAGUUCUUUCU